AUGUAUGGUUGUGAUCAUGUUUGGCAACUUCUUUCCUCUCCUUCUAAAGAUUCUAUUUGUAAAGCAUAUUUUUUAGCGUUAAAAGUUAUUCAAUUUUACAAAAUAUUUAAAGGUCGAUGUUACAAAUCUUCACGCAAAGUUUUUCAAAAAUGUUUUGUGUGUCAUGAUAUCCUUAAAAGAUCAUUAUUAUGUCUUCAAUGUUCUCAUAUUGGAUGUUGGAGAAGAAAACACUCAGAAAUUCAUGCGAAAACUCAAAAUCAUAUCUUUGCUAUUGACAUAUUUAGUGGCUAUUUAUAUUGUUUUUCAUGUCAUGAUUUUAUUUAUGAUCCAAUUUUUGAGAAAAUAUAUAUUCUAGUAAAGCGAAAAUUAAACAUGAAAUCAUCCAAUAUUAAAAAUUCGAUAUGUUUAUCAAAUAAAGGAUUAGAAAUAUCUAUUGAAAAUCAUGAUUAUUUAGAUAACGAUGAUGUACAAGCUAUAUGUUGUGGUGACGGUUUAAGAGGUAUACAAAAUAUGGGAGCUACAUGUUUUAUGAAUGUAGUUAUACAAUGUUUGGUUCAUAAUCCUAUUUUUCGUAAUUAUUUUUUGAGUGAUGGUCAUGUGAUAAAAAAUUGUUUACAGGAUAAUUGUAGUUGUUGUGCUAUGGAUACUGUAAUUGCGGAAUUUUUUUCUAAAAAAGAUUUUUCUAUACCUUUUGGACCUUCUUCGUUUUUAGAAAUCAUGUGGAAACUUUCUAAGGAAUUAAAAGGAUAUGUUGAGCAAGAUGCGCACGAAUUUUUUGUGUGUUUAAUGAGUCAGAUUCAUAAUCAUUCUGGUUCCAAAAUAGAUACAACAUGCACUUGUAUUGCUCAUAAAACAUUUUCUGGGAUACUUCAAAGUGAUGUUACGUGUUCAUCAUGUGGAAAUGUAACUUCUACUAUGGAUCCUAUUAUGGACGUUAGUCUUGAGUUAAAAAUUAAGUCUAUAGUUGAUGUUGAGUCAUCGUCUAGUGGACAUUUAGUUAAAAGUCUUCAAGAAUGUCUUCAAAGAUUUACAUCUCCUGAAAAUUUGUCUAAUAAUGAAUAUAAAUGCUCAAAAUGUUUAUCUGUUUCUGAGAAAGCUAUGAAACAAUUAAAAUUUAAACGGAUUCCUUUAGUUAUAUGUUUUCAAUUGAAGCGUUUUGAGCAUUCAUCUACUCCGACAAAAAUUGAUACACAUGUUAAUUUUUCUUUUCAGCUUGAUAUGUUUCCGUAUAUUGCUCGGAGUAAUUAUAUGGAUUGUUAUAAAGAUGAUUGUAUUUAUGAUCUUUUAUCUGUUAUUUGUCAUCAAGGGCAGAUUAAUACUGGUCAUUAUACUAGUUUUGCUCGAUCAAAUGAUAAUUGGUUUCAAUUUGAUGAUACAACUAUUUUUAUUACUAAUGAAAAAACUGUUUUGUCAAGCAAUGCAUAUUUAUUAUUUUAUAUUCGGCAAAAUCUUAGUUAUCAAUUAUAG